AUGGCAGACAGUGAGGGACCAGAUCUACCCACAGAGAGCAAGCGCGCUGACAGGGAGGAGCAACACUCAACGCCUCAAGAGAAUCGACGAAGAAGCCAGUCGCCGCGCAGAGACCGAAAGGAUGAGCGACGACCACGAAAGGACAAAGGCUUCAAGUGGAAGGACAAGCGUCGCGACGAUGACGAUCGUAGGGAUCGUGAUUCAGGAUAUCAGCGCGGCUACAGAGACCACUACAAGCCCCGAUCACGGUCAAGAUCACCCAGGAGAGAUCAGUCUCCACGACAGCCACGCUCACCCAGACGCGACAGGGAUGACAGUGACAGGAUAGAUGAUACACACAGGAAGUUUGGCAACAACGACAAGCCGGAGCGCAAAGAGAGAAAGGAGAAGAAGGAGAAGAAGCCUACGCCAGCGGUGCCUCAACAGCCGAUGAUUCGGGUCACGGUCAAUGACAGACUGGGCACGAAGCAUACGAUUCCGUGCUUUCCAUCAGAUCCCAUCGGCGAGUUCAAGAAGAUCGUCAGUGCUUACAUUGGUCGUCCUGCGCACGAAAUCCUACUCAAACGGCAAGGAGAACGACCUUUCAAGGACCAGCUCACGCUCCAAGAUUAUGGAGUCAGCAAUGAUGUUCAGCUGGAUCUUGAGGUUGAUACAGGGGACUGA